AUGUGCGGAAUCUUUGCUUACCUCAACUACCUCACUGCCGUCGAUCGCCAGUCCAUUGCCGAUAUCCUGACCCAGGGCCUCAAGCGUCUCGAAUACCGUGGAUACGACUCUGCCGGUCUUGCUAUCGAUGGCGAUAGCGACGGAGAGGUCUUGAUCUUCAAGGAGGUCGGAAAGGUCGCUUCCCUCCAGAAGCUCAUCCAGGAACAGAACACCAUCGACUGGACAAAGACCUUUACCUCCCACUGCGGUAUGGCCCACACCCGCUGGGCUACCCACGGCCAGCCCUCGCGCAUCAACUCCCACCCCCACCGCUCCGACACCAAGAACGAGUUCACGGUCGUCCACAACGGUAUCAUCACCAACUACCGCGAGCUCCGUCUUGUCCUCGAGAAGAAGGGAUACACCUUCGAGUCCGAGACCGAUACCGAGGCCAUUGCCAAGCUCGCCAAGUACAUCUGGGACUCCCAGAAGGGCAACAAGACGCUCACCUUCACCGACCUGGUUAAGGGAGUCGUCAAGGAGUUGGAGGGUGCUUUCGCCAUGAUCUUCAAGUCUGUCCAUUUCCCCAACGAGAUCGUUGCCACCCGCCGUGGUUCCCCUCUUUUGAUUGGUGUCAAGACCCCCAAGAAGCUCAAGGUCGACUUUGUCGAUGUCGAGUUUGGCGGUAUCGCCGAGGAGAUCCCCGCCGAGGUUGAAGGAGCCCCCACUACCUUUAGCUCCCUUGAGGUCCCCAAGUUGCGUCGCAGCGAGUCCCGUGCCUUCUUGAGCGAGGAUGGCCUUCCCCAGCAGAUUGAGUACUUCUUGGCCUCUGACCCCUCAGCCGUUGUUGAACACACCAAGACCGUCUUGUACCUCCUCGACGACGAUAUUGCCAACAUCCGCGAGGGUGAGCUCCGCAUUCACCGCCUCCGUCGCGAUGACGGUAUCUCCUCGAUCCGCUCUAUCCAGACUUUGGAGAUUGAGUUGGCCGAGAUCAUGAAGGGUUCGUUCGACCACUUCAUGCAGAAGGAGAUCUAUGAGCAGCCCGAGUCCGUUGUCAACACCAUGCGUGGCCGUGUUAACUUUGACACCCACAAGGUCACCUUGGGUGGUCUCAAGACCUACUUGCCCACCAUCCGCCGCUGCCGUCGCAUUGUGUUCAUUGCUUGCGGUACCUCUUACCACAGUGCUCUUGCCACUCGUGCCAUUUUCGAGGAGUUGACCGAGAUCCCCGUCUCGACCGAGUUGGCCAGUGACUUCUUGGAUCGCAAGACCCCCAUCUUCCGUGACGACGUCUGCGUCUUCAUCUCCCAGUCCGGAGAGACCGCCGAUACCAUCCUUGCCAUGAGAUACUGCCUCGAGCGUGGUGCCCUUUGUGUCGGUGUCACCAACACUGUCGGCUCCUCCAUCUCCCGCGAGUCCCACUGUGGUGUCCACAUCAACGCUGGUCCUGAGAUCGGUGUCGCCUCCACCAAGGCCUACACUUCCCAAUUCAUUGCUUUGGUCAUGAUUGCCAUCCAGCUCUCCGAGGACCGCACCUCGAUGACCGAUCGCCGCAACGAGAUCAUUGACGGACUCCACGCUCUUCCUGGACACAUCAAGGAGGUCUUGGCUAUCGAUCAGGAGCUCCAGCGCCUUGCUCGCGAUGUCUUGCACAAGGAGAAGUCUUUGCUCAUCAUGGGCCGUGGUUUCCAGCACGCCACCUGCUUGGAGGGAGCCUUGAAGAUCAAGGAGGUCUCGUACAUGCACAGUGAGGGUAUCCUCGCCGGAGAACUCAAGCACGGACCUUUGGCCCUUGUUGAUGAGAACAUGCCCGUCAUUUUGAUCAUGACCCGCGACUCGUUGUACCCCAAGGUCCGCUCUGCUUUGGAGCAGGUCACUGCCCGUAAGGGUCAGCCCAUCAUCAUCUGCAACAAGGGUGACGAUGCCAUCAACGCCGAGUCCAAGACCAUUCGUAUUCCCCAAACCGUUGACUGCCUCCAGGGUCUCUUGACCAUCGUCCCUCUCCAGCUCUUGUCUUACCACUUGGCUUGCUUGGCUGGUGUCGAUGUCGACUUCCCCCGUAACUUGGCCAAGUCUGUCACCGUCGAGUAA